AUGUCAACAUCACACCUCGAAGCAAGUGGACCGAACAACGACGCCGGAACGAUUAAAUCCCUGCUCGAAUACCUUGAUCUGUCGCAACUCGAAUGUUUGAACGAAUCAUCAAGCCAUAAGUUCGAGUCUAUUGUUUCAGGCAAGGCGAAGAACACAUCGGGUAACAACUAUCUAUUGAGCGAUGCGGAUGAGCAGCUACUCUUGACUAUUCCUUUCAAUCAAUCCGUUCGCGUUCGCAGCAUCGCGAUCCAAUCCUCGUCAAUUGACCACGCGCCCAAGACGAUCAAGCUUCUCGUUAACAGGCCGUCUUUAGGGUUCGACGACGUAGAGGACGCCGAUGAACCUGAAGUAGCGCAGGUUUUGGACAUAUCGAAGCAGGACGUGCAGCAGGGGACACCGAUCAAUGUGAGAUAUGUGCGUUUUCAAGCAGUGAAUAGUUUGCAUAUUUUUGUCUCUGCGAAUCAUGGAGGGCAAGACGAGACGAGGAUCGAUAGUAUUGAUGUCUUUGGGUUGCCGGUGGAGACGACGAAAAGUUUGAGUGGUCUCAAGCAGCCGGAAGGCAUUUGA